AUGCCUGGUGGAACUUCACUGAACCCUCCGCCGUACCCAACGACCGCAUCGCCAUCGCAGCAACAGCCUUACUACCAGUAUCCGACCCCACAUACACAUACCCCACAGCAGCCUAGUACAGGCGCAGCGAGCGUGGGAAGCCAGAGCAACCAGGCCAGCCCGGCGGGAGCGAAUACUGGCUAUGGGCAGGGAGAUGGCGGAGAGCACAGCGCGAACGAAGACGAGGGCGGCGCUGCAGAGGACCCUAAGCGGCCUCGAGCAUGUGAGGCCUGCCGUGGGUUAAAGGUCCGUUGCGACCAAGAUCCUGCACAUCCGGAGCUGCCAUGUAGACGAUGCCAGAAGGCGGGCAGGCAGUGCAUCAUUACCGCGCCGAGCCGAAAGAGACAGAAGAAGGCAGACAACAGGGUCGCUGAGCUGGAGAAGAAGCUGGAUGCUUUGACAGCGGUGCUGCAGCAGCAACAAGCUGUACAUUCGCAGUAUGGCUCGCCGCACAAUCCAGGAGCACCUCCGCCGACGGCAGACAUGAUGCAAGGCAGACAAAGCGCAGCAUCGCUACAGCACUCUUUGGCUCAGUACUCCUCGCAGCUCGGCUCUGCUGGCGCAAGCCCUCUUCCCGGUUCUGCUGGUAUGCAGCCACCUCAGAAGCGGCGACGAACUGAAGAUGGCCCACGAGAGACUGAAUCUCUGGAUGCUGCAGACGUUUCAAACCCCGGACCAAUCUCUCGUUACGGAUCUUCCACAGGCGUUUACGGCCACGAGACAUACCGCCAAAUGAACGAUGCCUGGGGUCCCAGCGCAGACUCGCUCCGCCAUCUCAUCCACCGCUCGCCGGAAGAAUUCAUGAAUCGUAUCAACUCUCUCGUCAGUCUAGAGAUGGGGGUCAGCAUAUUCAAUCGCUACAUUCUCAAGCUUGCGCCCCACAUGCCUGCCGUUGUCUUCCCACCAGACACUACCGCCGAGCAGAUCCGCAAGGAGAAGCCAAUUCUGUAUGCAUGCAUCCUCUCGGCCACGUCAGCGGGAAUGCUUCCGCAGGACAUAUCGCAGCAGCUUUCUCGCGAAGCCAUUCGUGCAAUUGCCGAUUGUGUCGUGUGCAACGGAGCCAAGUCGCUUGAGCUCAUCCAGGCUAUGCAGGUCAUGGCAUUGUGGUACAAGCCGCCGGAGAGGGCUGAGCAGACCAACUUCUAUCAGAUCAUUCACAUGGCUGCGGUCAUGGCUAUAGACAUCGGCCUGGGCAAGCGCUUCAACGCUACGAAGGCUAGAAGAGGCUUCGGUGGUCCAAACGCCGACAUGGCCCCUGGACCGCACAUGAUGUUGCCGCAAAACUCAGACACCGUUGAAGCCAGGAGGGCAUGGCUUGGAUGCUACUACCUCUGUGCUAGCGCUUCGAUGGUCCUUCGUCGCCCUAACCUCAUCAGAUGGAGCAAUUACAUGAGAGAGUGCGUUGAGAUUCUUGAGACCAGUCCCGAGGCAUACGAGUCCGACAAGCUCUUCUGCCAGCACAUCAAAAUCCAACACAUCUGUGAAGACAUUGGUCUCCAGUUCCUGAUGGAUGAUAAUACCGCGAACAUCAGCAUCACCGAUCCGAAGGUGACGUAUCAGCUCAACGUGCUGGAGAACGAGCUCAAGGCAUGGGCCGACGACAUACCACCGCAACUCAAAGACCACCCUGGACUCAAGUUUUUCGAGAAUGUUGCAAGUCUGUACCUGCACGAGAUUGCGCUGCAUUUCAACCACAACAUCGAGGACUUCAAGCUGCCCUUCACAGAAGAGUCGCUCAAGGCCGUCAACAACACCUCCGAGACUCUCACACAACAUCAGAUGGCAGCUCUUGAAGCCUGCCGUCGAUCUGCACACGGCAUACUCGACAUGAUGCUGACAUUCGACAUUGCCACUGUCAAGACGCUACCCAUGUUGAUCUUCUUCGUGCGCUGCACUUACGCAUUGGUCAUUCUGAUCAAGAUGCAUGUGGCCAUAACUACUCCGGGGAGCGAGAUCUCCAAGAUCAUGACGCCGGACGAUGUGCGAGUUGAUCAUUACAUUGACAGCUUGAUCAAUCUGUUUGGCAGCGUGGCCAACGAGCAAGAGUUCCGGCCGCAUCCAAAGAUCUUGCGGAUCCUGUCCGUGCUUAAAGACUGGUUCAGGAAGCACAAGGACAACGUCGCAGCACAAUCACGCGGCGAGCAACUCCCGCAUCCUCCGACCACAAGCCUGCAGGAGAGGCAGAAGAGUGACAGCGCACCGUCUGGCCAGUCUGGUUUGCAGCUUCUGUCGCAAGUAGCCACUGGCAAUCAGACGUCCCAAUCACAAGGCUCAGGCCAGCAAAGCAAUGCUUGGACGUAUGACAGCCCGCAUCCAGUCCGUUUCGGCCAGACUCAAUGGAAGAACCCAAGCACAGGAUACCCCUUCGAUCCAACGCAGGAGCAGCAGUCCAACGCAACAUACCCGGUGGUUGCGGACAAUGGAGCUGCUGCCAACUACGGCGGAGGCAUGGUGGAUCAAUAUGGUCUCGACGGCUCGCUUCCAGACUAUCUGUGGGGCUCAGGCUUCGAGCAAGCGAUGGAGAUGAACUUGGGUAGUAUGGAUGGUUUGAUGGGUGCUGGUAUGGAUGGUUUGUUUCUAGGUGGCGGAAUGGCGCCUUUCAGCUUCAACGGGGACGUGGCGACUACUGGACAGCAGUGGUAA